AUGGCUAAAAAUAUUGCUGAUGAAACGGUCGAUACUGUGAAGCACAAAUGGGGUAAUCAAGCUUCGAUAAUAGCACAUGAAGCGUUAUAUGCAACUGGUCACACUUCUUUGGCUGCUUUGCAGCUUUGGGAUCUUGGCCCACGAUCCAUCGCCGGUCGUGCAGCUCGUAAAGCGGGCACACAAUUUGAAUUCGCGGCGCGGCCAAGUCGACAUUUUGAGGUGUUCGAUGACCAUCCAGCGCAACGUCCUGUAGAAUUUAAUCAACUCAAAGGCGGGCUCAUGAUUCAUGUGUUUGCUAAGAUUGUUGAAGUGAGAAAUAUUCGAUCAGUUGAUAUCUUAGAAAAUGUGCAGAUAGCAAGUGUUAUAUAUUUGCGGGAUUCUAGUACAGAUUCUUUCAUACGAUGCACUCUAUAUAGCAAAUUAACGGAUACAUUUUCGGAAGAAAUUAAGACUGACCAAAUUAUCCAACUUAAUCAUAUUCAUAUUCGAACAAAUCCGGGAAGACUACCGUCGUUAUAUGGGAAAUUGAAUGAUGAUGGACUCACCAUCGUAUUAAUUAGUGAUCAUCCAGGCAGUGGAUAUAAUGUCGUUUUCCAUUCAUGCGCCAACUACAGUUUACCCGAAAACUGCCAAGAAAUGAUUGCUGUACUACAAAUUUAUUCAAAUAAUGUGCCUGUUGCCUCAUCUGCAGCUAUUUCUGUUCGUGACAAUACACUUGGUUUCAGUAAUGGAAGUAAAACAAUUUGCCGUUUGAAUCAACUUGUGCGUUUUCAAUAUCACAACAUCGUUGUACAGGCAGUAUCAGUAUUCAUAAGUGAUAGGAAUAAUGUAGUAUUACGAUGUUGGGACACUACAAAACCACCUAGUUCUACAUUUUUCUUCGGAAAUGAAAAUAUUUCCGAAAUAAUACAUAUAGAUGAAGAAUUGAGCUCACUGGCUCAGGAAUAUCUUUGCGAUGUAAUCUUUUAUAAUGAGCAUGGAGCUUGUCUGAAAAAAACUGUUAAGCCUGGUGAUAUAUUGCUUCUCAUCAAUAUGCAUUACUAUGUAAUGAAAGACAACAAUAUGCUAGCCGUACAUGAAGGCGGCAAACGUUAUAACAGAGGCAUCAGAAUCCUAGAUGAUUCUUCGAGUCACAAAGCAAAGCUAUUGAAGUAUGGACUGUUGAGACUAUUGAUUUAUGCGAAAUCAGAAUGUCUUUUGCAUACAUAG